AUGAAAAAGGAAGAUGUUAUGAACAUUUUAGACUGGAAAACCAAACAAAGCAAUGUUGAAGUGCCCUUUUUCCCUGCCCGUGUUCUUCUUCAAGAUUUUACUGGAAUACCGGCAAUGGUGGAUUUUGCUGCUAUGAGGGAGGCAGUGAAAACUCUUGGAGGUGACCCUAAGAAAGUCCAUCCUGCCUGUCCAACAGAUCUCACGGUUGACCAUUCCUUGCAAAUUGACUUCAACAAAUGUGCAAUACAGAAUGCUCCAAAUCCUGGAGGUGGUGACCUACAGAAAGCAGGAAAGCUCUCUCCACUUAGAGUGCAGCCUAAGAAGCUUCCCUGCAGAGGCCAGGCUGCCUGCCGAGGAUCGUGUGAUUCUGGAGAACUAGGCCGAAACUCAGGAAAAUUUUCUUCGCAGAUUGAAAACACACCCAUCCUGUGUCCUUUUCAUUUGCAACCAGUGCCUGAACCUGAAACAGUAUUAAAAAAUCAAGAAGUAGAAUUUGGCAGAAAUCGAGAGAGGCUUCAAUUUUUCAAGUGGAGUUCAAGAGUUUUUAAGAAUGUGGCUGUAAUCCCUCCUGGAACCGGAAUGGCUCAUCAAGUAAACUUAGAGUAUUUGUCGAGAGUGGUUUUUGAAGAGAAGGACCUCCUCUUCCCAGACAGUGUUGUUGGCACAGAUUCUCAUAUAACCAUGGUGAAUGGUUUGGGGAUUCUGGGGUGGGGGGUUGGAGGCAUUGAAACAGAAGCAGUUAUGCUUGGCCUGCCAGUUUCCCUUACUUUACCAGAGGUGGUUGGAUGUGAAUUAACUGGUUCAUCGAAUCCUUUUGUUACAUCCAUAGAUGUUGUUCUUGGCAUUACAAAGCAUCUCAGGCAAGUAGGAGUGGCUGGAAAGUUUGUUGAGUUUUUUGGAAGUGGAGUUUCACAAUUAUCUAUAGUAGAUCGAACUACAAUAGCAAACAUGUGUCCAGAAUAUGGUGCUACCCUCAGCUUUUUCCCUGUUGACAAUGUGACGUUAAAACAUUUAGAACAUACAGGUUUUGACAAAGCCAAACUCGAGUCAAUGGAAGCAUACCUUAAAGCUGUGAAAUUGUUUCGAAAUGAGCAAGAUAAUUCAGGAGAACCUGAAUAUUCCCAGGUGAUCCAGAUUAAUCUGAAUUCAAUAGUUCCAUCUGUCAGUGGUCCAAAGAGACCUCAGGAUAGAGUUGCUUUGACAGAUAUGAAAAGUGAUUUCCAAGCUUGCUUAAAUGAAAAGGUUGGAUUUAAAGGCUUCCAAAUUGCAGCUGAAAAGCAAAAUGAUAUCGUCUCUAUUCAUUAUGAAGGAAGUGAAUAUAAGCUGUCUCAUGGAUCUGUGGUCAUUGCCGCCGUUAUCAGUUGUACCAAUAAUUGCAAUCCAUCUGUCAUGCUUGCUGCAGGUCUUUUGGCUAAAAAAGCUGUUGAAGCUGGUCUACAGGUUAAACCUUACAUAAGAACAAGUUUAUCUCCAGGCAGUGGAAUGGUUACCCAUUACCUCAGUUCAAGUGGAGUAUUACCAUAUCUUAGUAAGCUUGGAUUUGAAAUCAUUGGCUAUGGAUGUUCAACAUGUGUGGGAAAUACAGCACCCUUAUCAGAAGCAGUUUUAAAUGCAGUAAAACAGGGUGAUUUGGUUACUUGUGGGGUUUUAUCUGGAAAUAAAAAUUUUGAAGGUCGUCUUUGUGAUUGUGUUCGUGCCAAUUAUCUUGCCUCUCCACCCUUAGUGGUAGCUUAUGCCAUAGCAGGCACAGUGAAUAUAGACUUCCAGACAGAGCCUUUAGGUACUGACCCUACUGGCAAGAACAUUUACCUGCAUGAUAUUUGGCCUAGUCGAGAAGAAGUUCAUCAGAUAGAGGAAGAACAUGUUGUAUUAUCCAUGUUUAAAGCAUUAAAAGAGAAGAUAGAGAUGGGAAAUAAGCGGUGGAAUUCUUUAGAAGCACCAGAUUCAGUUUUGUUUCCAUGGGAUUUAAAAUCUACUUAUAUCAGAUGUCCUUCAUUUUUUGAUAAGCUUACCAAAGAGCCAGUUGCACUCCAGCCUAUUGAAAAUGCCCAUGUCUUAUUAUACCUGGGAGACUCUAUCACGACAGAUCAUAUAUCACCUGCUGGAAGCAUCGCUAGGAGUAGUGCUGCUGCUAAGUAUUUGACAAACAGAGGCCUUACCCCUCGUGAAUUCAACUCUUAUGGAGCCCGAAGAGGUAAUGAUGCUGUAAUGACAAGAGGCACUUUUGCAAAUAUCAAGCUUUUUAAUAAGUUUAUUGGAAAACCAGCUCCCAAAACAAUUCAUUUUCCAUCAGGACAUACGCUGGAUGUAUUUGAGGCUGCAGAGCUGUACCAGAAAGAAGGUAUCCCACUGAUUAUUUUAGCAGGAAAGAAAUAUGGUUCAGGAAACUCAAGAGAUUGGGCUGCCAAAGGACCAUACUUGCUGGGUGUGAAAGCUGUUUUGGCUGAAAGUUAUGAAAAAAUUCACAAAGAUCAUUUGAUUGGAAUUGGCAUAGCUCCACUUCAGUUCCUUCCAGGAGAAAGUGCAGAUUCCUUGGGCCUCUCUGGCAGAGAAACAUUUUCUUUAACAUUUCCUGAAGAACUGUCUCCUGGAGUUAUAUUAAAUAUAAAGACAAGCACUGGAAAAGUAUUCAGCGUGAUUGCUUCGUUUGAAAAUGAUGUGGAGACAACAUUGUACAAACAUGGAGGAUUAUUAAACUUUGUGGCACGAAAAUUCUCAUAG